AUGAAGUCAUGUGCAGCCUUUAUACUUUACAGAAAUAUGAGUGCUGUAGAACCCGAAUUCAUUUCAUUAAUGUCACAAAUUGACGGUGAACGUAAUUGUUUAAGUACAUUUAUAAUUAAUCUAGAUCAUGACUGGAAAUUUCAGUUAAAUCAAAACGGAAAAUUAGUGUCAAGUGAUGCACAACAAUGGGAAAGUGUCGAUCUACCACAUAAUCCUAAAACACAAAUGAAUGUGACGAAUCAGUUUUAUUUGUAUUAUAAACAAUUUCGAAUUGAACAUGAACAACCAAAACAUAUCUAUAUAAAUUUUGAUAAUUCGUACAGUACCAAUCGUAUCUUAGCACAAAUAUGUUUGAAUAGUAAAAAAUUAUUUCAUGGUUAUUUACCAUGUUCAGUUGAGAUACCAAAGGAACAUGCACAACAAACAAAUGAGAUUGAAUUAUAUACGACGGACGCAUAUUUAAAUAUGCAUGUUUCUAUCUGUGUACUCGUCGAUGAUAACAAAUCUCCACGAACAAUGUUGCAAGGAAAAAUAUUCGAUCAUGGAAUAUUUGAUUAUAGUGCAUCUUUAUUAGAUGAACAAGAAUAUUUUCAUUUAUCAAUUAAUAAUUACGAUGAUGGUCUCCCCUAUUUCAAGUAUUCCACUUCCCAGAAAAAACAGUUCCAUGGUGAUCAUCGUGUCGUACCGCGAUUAAAUAUUUGCAUGUUGGUUGUCGGAAGUCGGGGAGAUGUUCAACCCUAUUGUGCCUUUGCUAAAGAACUAAUGAAAUACGGACAUCGUGUUCGCUUAGCUACCCAUGAAGAAUUUCGUUCACUAAUAAGAAAAAAUGGGGUCGAAUUCUAUCCACUUAGUGGAAACUCAGCCGACUUAAUGUCAUUUAUGGUUAAAAAUUCCGGUAUUUUUCCAUCGUUUAGUAGUAUUAUUAAUGGUGAUUUAAAACGAAAUACCGAUCAUGUGCAUGAUAUUGUUCAUUCAUGUUGGCAAGCUUGUACAGAAAAUGAUGAUGAAACAAAUCGGCCAUUUCGAGCUGAAGCAAUUAUUGCUAAUCCGCCAAGUUAUGGACAUAUUCACUGUGCUGAAAAACUAUCCAUACCAUUACAUAUUUGCUUUACAUUUCCAUGGACACCAACGACAUCAUUCCCACAGCCACUAUGUAGUGUACUUUAUCAACAAUCGACACAAUUUGAAAAAGUUAAUUACCUGUCAUAUGGCGUGAUUGAAAGGCUAAUAUGGAUGGGGAUUGGAAAACACAUAAAUAAAUUUCGAACAGAAGUUCUUGGCCUUCGUCCAUUGCCAGCGAACGAGGCAAGUCAAAUCUUAGUAACACAAAAUGUGCCACAUAUCUAUUGUUGGUCGCCGUCCAUUGUACCAAAACCAGAUGAUUGGCCAGAACAUGUUGAUGUUUCUGGUUAUUUUUUUUUCGAUUCAUCAUUGGUAGAAAAUUAUAAACCAUCUCGGCAUCUUGUUCAAUUUAUAAAUGAUUGUGGUCAAACACCCAUCUUUUACAUUGGAUUCGGAAGUAUUACUGGUCAUGAUAGUAAACAUAUGUUAGAAGUUAUCGUAGGAGCACUUGAUCGUGGCGGCUAUCGAGCUAUUCUGCCGAAAGACUGGAAAGGUCUGGAUGGCAAAUCACCCAGUGAAAACAUUUUUCUUGUUGAUGAUUGUCCACAUGAAUGGUUAUUUAAACAUGUCACAGCUGUAUGCCAUCAUGGUGGAUGUGGUACAACAGCAGCUGGUCUCCGCUUGGGUAAACCGACGAUUAUUGUUCCAUUUUUCGGUGAUCAGUUUUUUUGGGGUACAACUGUAGCCAAACUCGGAGCCGGUCCACUGCCCAUUACUGGUAAAAAUUUGACAACUGAUGAAUUAUGUGAUGCAUUUAGUUUUGUGCUAAAAGAUGAAACAAGAAUAGCAGCUGAACGAAUAGCUUCACAAAUCAGCAAUGAAAAUGGUGUUCAAAGAGCUCUUGAAUUAUUUCAUCAUAAUUUACCAGUCGAUGACCUAAUAAGUGCUAUUGAACCAACUUAUCCUGCAUGUUAUUUUCUUAAAAGAUAUAAUUUAAAAAUCUCACGACCCGUUGCACAAGUCUUGAUUACCAAUGGUCAACUCAAGGAAACUGAUAUAAAGAUUUAUCAUACAAAAAUAUGGAAUAUAACCAAUGAUGAUGACGAUCAUAGUGAAGACAAUAUAUUGAUUAAGAAUAAUAAUGACUCAGAAACCGUUUUAAUGCUUGGCGAUAACAAUCUUGGCACACCAGUUGAUUCGAAACAACAACGAGACCCAUGGGUUUUAAAAUUAGUGAGACUAGUUGUUGGAAGAAUUAUCAAAGUACUAAAAUCUCUAUUUUGUCGACGAACAUCAGUGCGAUCAUCUGAAACUGACCCUCUCAAAAGUACUAUUGAAGAAGUAAACGAAUUAAGUCAAUGUCAAAUGGAUUUCGCUGUCAACGAUUAUUAUACAAGUGAUGUUUGUAAUGAUAUUAUAUUUAAAUUUAAUCAAAUAAACCAACAGUACAACGGUAAUAACAGCAACAAUGGCGGCUGAACUAAAGCUUUUAUAGACGACGAUAAUAUAACGAAUUGUUCAAAUUUGAAAAUCUUGUUUCUUCAAGAUUGUUUCAAUGUUGUUUUCAAGCUGUUUUCGUAUUAUCACCUGCAGCAUCGUUCCAGAAAUUUACAAUACGAUUUCUAAGGUCCUUUAUUUCUUUUAUUUCAUUUAAUCUGAAAUAGUUUUAAAAAAAAAUUAAACCCAUGCUGUUUCGUACUUCAGAAUGUGCUCUUUAGAAUUAAAAAAUAAUUAGUACUUGAAAGGUGCUUUGAGAGAAAGUAUUAGUAGAAAUAAAGAUGAAAAAGCUUUGCAAAACCCAUUAACAUCCUUGCCGUUGUUAGAAGUUAGUUACGAAUAACCAAUAACUUCAACGUUGUGCAGAGGCUAGCGUCCAUGUAAACAAUGAGCAGAAUGGUAGAAAUGCACAACUACAACGUGUAUAUCUGUUUGAAAUUCAUGUUUUUGCUGCAGAUAUGACUAGUGACGCUCACCUGCGCGCUAUUUCUGCGCCUUACUAGACGGAUAGAAAACGCAAUUACUUCUAUGACAGAAUUUAAAAUGUGCUCCGAUAUUCUAGGAAACAUCUUAGCUCGUACUGAUGAAUUCGAAAAGUCUGGGUUGCGCAUACUUCCUCAACUCCAUUCUCGAAGCCAGUCCCCCAAUGUUGUAUAUCAAAGACAAAGGUUUUUUGUUGUUUUGAUCAGAAAAUUUUAUUAAUCAUAUAGGCUGAUAAAGCAUAAAAUUCUGAGUAAAACAAGAUAUCUCCCGACUAGUGUGAGCAUACUUUUGAACGAUUUGUUUAUAGCUCAUUUUGAAGCCCGUGAAAUUCUCUGUCGAAUGGUAUAUAAAGUAGAGCGGUCAACGAGAAAAUCAAUGGAUAUUAUAAACAUGAACGACGUAAUAGAGUAUUUCGAAUCUAUUGCUGAGAUGUAACAGAGUAUUUCGAAACUGAGACUACCCAGUUACAUUUUCAUAAAACUGUCUUAUAUAUCGUUUUGUAGCCAGUGAAAUUCUCUAUCGAUUGAUAUGUAAAGUAGACUGCCUAACCGGGAAAUUAGUCAUUGAUAUAGACUAGGUAUGUUACAAACCCAAACCCAAGUCUGAGACUUGGGUUUGGGAUUGGGUACCCAAGUCUGAGACUUGGGUUUGGGUAUUGGGUACCCAAGUCUGAGACUUGGGUUUGGGUAUUGGGUACCCAAGUCUGAGACUUGGGUUUGGGUAUUGGGUACCCAAGCCUGAGACUUGGGUUUGGAUAUUGAGUCAGACUUGGGUUAUUAAAAGACUCCUUUUAACUGAGAUACCUUCUUUUGUUGUGGCUCUUUGAGAAAACAGGAUGUAAGAUGUUUAUUUCGGCCUGUGGGC